UUAGCUAUUCUAAAAGUAACAAUCAACAAUAUAAAAUCAUGCAACUAAUUACUAGUUCAACAAGAUUAACUAAAUUUUAUAUUUCAAUAUACUUUGUUGUUAUUUUAAUUAACAAUGUCAGUUUGUCAAGUGGUACCAUAUAUACCCCGACAGAAGAUUUAAUUUUUCCAAAAUUAAAAUUUAGAGAUGGUGGAUUUAUCAGUGAUGUUGAUGGCAUUGAGGCUGACAUCAAAACACCCUGCAUUCCAUGUAAUUUUAUUGAGAGUACAAUGAAAACAAUUAAAUCAUUGAUAAUUGAUUUUGAACAUUUGAAUAAAAAACACUGCACUAAUGUUGAUUCAUUAGCUCAAAAAUCUAAAGAUAUUCAAAGACAAGAGAUGAAACCUGAAUCUUAUUAUCGAAGAUAUGGAAGAGGUCGUCCACCACCACAUUUUCCACCACCAUAUUUUGAUGAAAUGUAUCGCAUUAAUUUACAAACAACAACAACAGCAUCACCACCACCACCAAGUGCAAGUACAAAGUAUCUACCAGGAUCACGAAAUGAAUAAUUAAUUAAUUGAAAAAUAAUUUUUUAUUUCAAGUGAAUUUGAUUCAAAUUUAAUUGAAUGUUUAAUAAAAAUGUUAUUAAAAAUUAUCACAAUUAUUU